AUGGAUCAGAGUUUGAAGGAUGCUGCUCAGCAAGGAAACAUUGAUACCUUGUACGAAUUGAUACAAAAAGAUGCAAAUGUUUUGGACAGAAUCGAUGACAUUCCAUUUGUUGAGACUCAUUUACACAUAGCCGCAUCUACGGGACGCACCAGGUUUGCUAUGGAAAUCAUGAAGUUAAAACUUUCAUUUGCUAGGAAGCUUAAUCAAAAUGGCUUCACCCCCAUGCACCUUGCUUUGCAAAAGCUCCAUGAGCUUGAAAAAAGCCCUGAUUUGCAAAGAAACCUAACACAAGUAGUGGACCGGCUACUUGAUAUUGAUAGCGAACUUGUUCGUGUUCAAGGAAGAGAGGGUGUGACUCCUUUUCAUUACGUAGCUCAAAUUGGAAACCUCGAUCUUUUAACCAAAUUUUCUAAAGGUUGCCCGAAGUCUCUUGAAGAUGUGACCAUUCGAAGAGAGAAUGUCCUGCAUGUAGCCCUGAAAUAUGACAAGAUCGAAGCUUUUCGGCUCCUGCUAGGAUGGCUUCAGCGAGCUUGCUUUAAAGAUGCCUCAUCGUGGGAGAGGAAACUACUAUAUUGGAAGGAUGAAGAACACAACACUCUGUUGCACGUUGCAGUAUCAAAAAAUCAACCUGAGGUAGUGUCGUUGUUACUGGAUAGAGGAUUUGUUGAUUUGAAGGCCAAGAAUUUAGAGGGUGAUACGAUCUUUAACAUCUUGGAACGCCAAACACAGGCCAACGUGGACAACCGACUGAUCGGUGAUAUGCUCAUGCGACGAGAACAUCCUCCCAGACGUUUAACUAGACUUGGAUAUUACUUAAUAUCUCCUCUCAAAGUUAUGCUACGACAACAUCAUGUCAGACUUGGAUUUGAAAAUUUCUACCAAAUUAAUGAGAAGUGUUACAUAGGAAUACGUCGUCGGCAAACAGUUAUAACAGAGGAGAGGCGGAAUACCCUGUUGGUUGUUGCUGCACUGCUAAUAACUGUCACCUACCAAGCAGCAUUCAGCCCUGAUAAGCAACCCAAUGAGUUCAACUGCACAGCCCCAAUCAACGGUACCGGUGCCAAUCACUACUUCAACUUCACAGCCCUGAAUCCGAUCAACGCUACCGGUGCCAACCACUACUUCAACUGCACUGCCCGCUUCAACGCUGGCACUAGUACUAAAGUUAAUUCAUCCCUAAUCCAAUAUGAAGAUGUAUUCCUUUCGUCAAACACUCUAGCCUUUUUCCUAACAAACUUUAUACUUUUCUACCUCCUUCCUCCUGAUGAUUUACUUGGACACCAGCUCUUCCUCCUCCUUGUACUCCUCUCUAUUUGCUAUUGCACUUCAACUCCGGUACUAAAUGCUCAUUCAUUUAUACGCUCUUUGGGUGAAGCGUUGCUUAUUCCACUUUAUUUUCUUCCAUGGAUAACUAUUUUAGUUAUGGAUAGGCGAGUCAAACAUUUUUCUUCCGAUAUAUAG